GGGCGUGGCACGGCGGGGUACCAAGGCAGGUCCUGGGAGUCUGUCCGGCGAGCGGCCGCCGGUGCUGUCCAGCUGCCGGCCGCGUCCACAGUAUGGACGGCCUGGGGCGGCCCGACAUGGGGCCGCGCACCGCGAUGCCCGCCUGGAAGCGGGAGAUCCUUGAGCGGAGGCGAGCUAAACUGGCCGUCCUGAGCGGAGGACCGGGAUCUGGAGCGGCGUCGGAGGGGCCGAACGAGCGGCUGGUGCUGGCCGAGAGUCUAGGUCCGCUAAGCGAGAACCCGUUCAUGCUACUUGAAUCGGAGCGGCGGCGCGGGGCGCGGCCGGCUCAGCAGCUGCUGGAGCUGUACUGUCGUGUGCCGGGCGUGCGUACCAUCCGAGCCGACAACAUCCUCAUCAUCGAGUCAGCGCCUGGCUUCCCGCCCUCUGUGCGGCCCGCUGCUAGUAUUCGCGCUGCCGAGGUAGUGGUGUAUGAGGCGCCACAGCCGGGCCGUGUCAGCCGCCUGCUGGAGAAGUUCGAUUCGUCAGCGGCGCCCCGCCGCCGAGGUAGCCCCGAGCGCUUCCGCCCUGCGCUACCGCUGCCUCCCGUGGCGUCUGCUUCUACUGCCACGCGCGCUCCCACCAAUCGUUCGUUGGCUUCUGCCCCACCUGUGCUCCCCUGCCAGUCCACACUCCCUAUUUCACCUGUCCCCGUUGCUCAGCGCACGGGUCAGCGUUCCGCCUGUUGCGAGCCUGCGCACUCCGAUGGCACUGAAGGUCCAAGGGCUCGGCGAAGCGACUUCCUACAGAAGACCGGCAGCAACUCUUUCACUGUCCAUCCCCGAGGCCUGCCCCGCAGUGCAGUCAAUUGCUCGCUUUCUCAUGGACCCAUGACCCAGGAGUCCCCUGCCGUCCCUGCCAAUGGGUUGUCGGGUUCUCCGCCUGUGCCGGGUAAUUGGAAGCCAAAGGUGGAGUCAGGGAAACCCUCCCUCCACCCGCCCCCAAGCCCUGAGACCCCAAGUGCCACUACAGUUGGACUUCCUGCCCUCCCGACGCCCAGACCAGCCAGUGCCACUCCCAGCCAGCGCCAGUGGGUCUCCUCUGCUACCAGCGCCAAUGAUUCCUUUGAAAUAAGGCUAGCCCCAAAGCCAGAUGUGGAAACUAUCCCAACUGGGGACCUUCAGGCCAGGGCCCUGGCCAACCUCCGUGUGAAUUCCCGCAACUCCUUCGUGUUGAUCCCUAAGCGCAAGGCCCCUGGGAACUAUCCUUCGCAGGGGAGUCAAUCCGAGGAGCCGAAGCAGGAGGUGGGCUGGGCCUGUCAGAGCCAGGGCCUCGGAGCCCAGCUGGUGUCUACAGUGGAUAGUGCACAUGCCGUAGAAAAGAAGCCCUUGGCUGCUGAGGUGCAGUGGGCAGUUAGGGAGGGGGGUUACCCUAGGCCAGCCACUUCUGUCACAGACAGGUCUGUUAGGUGGCAGAGACCAUCCUCACCUCCAUUUGUACCAACCACUGUUGAAGCUGAUUUGGCUGAGGGCCUGGGGGUUCCUGGCUUGGCCAAGAAUGGCCUGGAGCCUGUGAGGCCAGGACUUCCAGUCACCUUCAUUGAUGAAGUAGACUCAGAGGAGGAGGCCUUUCAAGAAGCCAAACUGUCCUCCUCAGCAGUUGGUGUGCCUCCCCAGCACCACCUGCACCUUGCCAGGCCUGGGCACACCUCAGAGCUCCCCAACCGAGGCAGCAACACUUUCAUAGUAGUGCCCAAGAGGAAGCCAGGGACCCUUCAGGAGCCAUACUUAAGUCAGACCAAUGGGCAGUCCCAGCAACAGGAGGCUGAGGAACAGGGUGCUGAUAGCCUCUCAGGACCCCACACUACCCUGGAGAACACCCUAAAGAAACGGUACCCCACUGUGCAUGAGAUUGAGGUGAUUGGUGGUUACCUGGCCCUGCAAAAGUCCUGCCUCAUCAAAGCUGGCUCCUCAAGAAAAAAGAUGAAGAUCUCCUUCAAUGACAAGAGUCUGCAUACAACAUUUGAAUACCCUUCUGAGAGCUCCCUGGCACAGGGAGAGGCAGAGGAGGAAGAAGAGGAGGAGGAAGAAGGAGCAGAGGAUGGUGAAGAGGAAGUGGGGCCUGACUCAGAGAAGCCCUUUGCCCCUUUCCUGCCACGGGCCACAUUUGUAAGCAGUGUGGGACCUGAGAGCCCCCAAUUACUAGAUGGCAGCUCAGGCCUAUCCAGCUAUACUCCAAAGCAUUCCAUAGCCUUCAGUAAGUGGCAGGAGCAGACACUGGUACAGGUUCCAAGUGAGGUAGAACUCCCACCAAAGGAAGUCAUGCUCACACCUGCCAGUCAGAAUGAUCUCUCCGACUUCCGCAGCGAGCCAGCCCUCUAUUUCUGACCCCUGGAACUGUCAAGAUGGCCAAGACUUAGCCCAGGUGUGGUGAUCCUGGAAGCCAGUCAAUACCCAGGAGCCCUUACUCUAUUCUGUGCCCCUUCCAUCUGGCUCUUUCUGCCUUCUCUCUCUGUUGCCUCCUCCUGCCUUUAGGGCCGGUCUGAAUCUCACUCCAAGGAAGAACAGAUGAGAACUGCCUACGUGACAGGCAGACACCUGUCCAUACUUUCCCAUCGGUGAUGAGGUGGAGGCCUGAACAUAUCUUGCUGCAGGGUACUGUUUGUCCUGACUUUCAGCUCCUACCCUCUGAGGAGUGGCCAAUGUUAGGAGUGAGAGACCAUCCUAGCUAUUUGUUUUUACCCAAGCUCCUGCCCUCAGCCCAUGAUGCUCCUAUGGUGGAAUUCAGCUACCCUUCAUGAUAGAUGACAGGGUGUUGUUUCCCCCCCCCCCAUAUUGGACUCAAUAAACACUAUAAUAAGG